AUGAGGAGUUACAUCGUGUUUGUUGCGGUGGUAACGCUGCAACAUAUCUGCGUCAAUUCAAAGGCGCAUGAAAACAACAUUGUGAAUGGAAAGGAAUUCGAAGCGCUGUGUGGUUUUGUAAAUCUUGCGCUGGAUACACAAACACCGGAGGAUCUGGAGCGCAAGGUUAAGGAAACAGAAGACGAAAUUCAGGGAGAGGCCGAAGCGCCCGAAGAAAAUGUUAAAAAACUUGAGGAACUUAAACUAAAAGCGAAAACAUAUAAGGAAGAGAACGGUGAUUUAUGGAACGGCCGGGCCUUAUCAGCUAUCAGAAAAAAUUUAACAGAAGCGCUGUACGGCAACGGUCAUAAACAGGUGGUGGUCGGGCGCACGCGGGGUGGGAGGUCGGAGUUAUGUGGAAGAGCUGGCGGCCAGCCCGGAAAUAAAGCGGGUGAUGCGCUGGCGCUUGAUUUACUGUGCAUCUGUGCAGCAUCCAGCGAAGGCAAAGGCGGCAGCGCGGUUUGCUGUGAUGGAUGCAACACCACUUAUGUAGGAUCAUGGGUACCCCAGAGAAAUUCUCCUGAUCACUGGAAUUUGCUCCAUCCCAAGUGCAGCAACGUGAGGAGAGAGAAAACUCGGCCGCUUCAAGCGCUCUCAGAGGCGGUCGCUUUCUUCCUUGGCGAACUCCAGGAAAUACCGGACUCUUCAUCGGAUUCACGAAACUUACUGGGCGCGCGCGGCGCCGACUUACACAACGGCUGCGACGGAAGCACCGAGGUUGGCCAUGGCCGAUGCGUAAUAUAUCUCCCAAGACACGUCAAUGAAAGCACGCCAACAAUUUCGUGGUAUCUAAAGUUGCGAGAAGCUGCAACCAGAAUGGAAGAACUGAUCCAAGCCGAGGAGUACCUCGUGAAGAUUCAAAACCAAGUAAACGAAUUGAAGAGGGGGGCACGACCUGUCCCAAACAAUUCAAGCGAAAAAGAAAAGGACGAAUCCAAUAAUACUGAUAAUGGACUGGAGGGGAAAAAACCGACUACGUCCUCUAAAAGAGGAUGCUCUGGUUUCGAAAGCAAGGUAACUUGCCUGGAACAGAAGCCGCGGUGCGAAUGGAAUGGGAGCGAAUGCGUGACUUCCAUACGAAGAUUAUUCACCUCCAGCGGUGUAAACCGCCUCCCAGAACCACUUAAGUUAUUUUUUCUAGUUUUUUAA